CGCCAGAGUCGAGUACAUCAACAACACAAUGCACAAGGACUGAACGUUUUCCGGUAGUCUCGUCAAGGCUGUACGCGCAGUCGCCAGAAUUAUGUCUGGUGGACCGGAAACUUUCGCAUGCCUUGCUGCACCAGUCACUACCGCAACGAUCAACCAGACUGGUCAAAAUGGAAACGUAGCGUCGGUUGGCACCUCGAGUACUGCUGCUGUCGACACACAAGGAAGCCAACAAGAACAAUUAGUGCCAAAUAUGCCUCAAAAGCGAAAGCGUGGCCGACCGCGAAAGGAUGAACAGCGCAGCAAUCCCAUCCAGACGACAAACCCUACUCUCACACCAAGUCCAGCUGAGGGAAGUGCAUUGACUGCAAACACAGUUCCACAAGCAGUCGUAGCAACAGCUUCUACAAGUGCAACAGACGGAACACCCGCUCCAGUGAAGCGACCAAGGGGUCGCCCACCCAAGAAUCGCAGCAAUUCAAAUCAGACGACAAACUUUACUCUUGCACCAAUUCCAGCUGAGGGAAGUGCAUUGACUGCAAACGUAGCUCCACAAGCAGUCGGAGUAACAGCUUCUGUAAAUGUAUCAGACGGAUCGCCCGCUCCAGUGAAGCGACCAAGGGGUCGCCCACCCAAGAAUGCACGCCCUCCAGAGCAGUCGAGUCAGCAGCCUGCCGACGCUGAUCCGAGCUCUGGCGCAAGUUCUAGUCCUGCCGUUACGCCGAGGAAGACCUCUCGUAAGGCCAAGGCUUCCGCCAAAAGUGUACAGAGUUUGGCAAAUAACAAUGAUGAACACUCCGAUCAAGCUGACCAGCCGGUGGAAGAGACUGCCCAAGCUUCCACUGCUCAAGAGAAUGUCGAGGAUGCAUCAGAUGUGGACUAUACACCCGAUGCGGCAGUCGCAACUACAUCAAUGAGCACUACAGAGACUGGUAAGACCAAGUACGGUCGUGGAAGACCUCGCAAGGAUGAGAUGCGACCAACAAAGAAGGUCAAAAAGGCUAAGCCUAAGAUCGAGGCCAGAAAGCCCAACGCAAGUCUUCAUGAGCGAAGAAUUCAAUCUUUGCUGCAAGAUCCACGAUUCAGAAUCCGAUACAAGGAUGGGUCAAUCAAGGAAAGCAUGUUUAGCUAUCUUGGUACACACCAGGACGAGGCUGCGCUACUUGAACUCAGGGAUCGACAGGCCUUCCAUGGCCUUGGACCUGACCGUUCUGUCAUCAAAGCAACUGGCCAAGUGCCGACCAUCACACCGUGUCCACUCAUCGAUAUCCUUUCUCCGACACAGGUGUGCACAAAUGUGCGAAAAGAAGCGCUACGCCAGUAUAUGCCCGAAGCCAAAACGCAUGUCCUAUACCAUGUGAGCAAUCAGGCAGCCGUCACCAAACCAAAGAAGAUGACUCUCAAGUUUGGCACUAGCCAGAGUCUAUACUCGAAAGAUCCGCUGAGCUCCACCCUGACCCUCAACACUGGUCUCGACAACAAGACGUGUGCGUGGAUGCCAUCAAAUACCGGAGAGCAGUAUCUAGCCGUCGGCGGCGCCUUCCAUCAUCAAUCGCCGCGCUCGCUUUACAAGUACAAAUCGGAGGAAGGCUGCAUUCAAUUGUGGCGAACAUGGCGAGAUGGCGAUUCUUACGAGUCCGAGCUUGCCAUUAUUCUCGCACAUGACUUUGGUAUUUGCUGGGAUCUCAAAUGGAUGCCGCUUGCGACACAGCCCGACAAGUACCUGGGUCUUUUAGCGGGAUGUUUCGGCAAUGGACAAGUGGCGGGCUUUCUCAUUGAGAAGCAAGCACAAAGUGGCCUCAGCUACGUCAAAUUCACCACGCCAGCUUUUGCUAUCAACAUGAAAGACCAUCACAUCACCUGCUUCGACUGGCAAAGCUCUCACAGCAUCGUGGUGGGUUGUGAUGAUGGAAUGGUUGCUCAAUUCGACUUGUCACGCAAAGCUCAUCCAGCAAUCGGCAGUCUCUUACCUACACAUGUGGCACAUCCGCAGUCAUGCUAUCUGAGCCAUAUUGUCUCUUGCAAGCCACUUUUGCCACACAUCGUCGCAACGAAUGGAUUUGAUGGUGAAGUGUGUUUUACAGACUUGUCGGGUGGAUCUGGUGCUGGUGGAGCAACGGUUAAACUUCCGCGAUUACGCUCAAUAAGCUAUUGCUUCGCCUGGUCCAAUCUUACUGGCGCUCUCGUAUCCAGCGAUGAAUCAGGAGUCUCGGUCCGCUAUGCAUCUGCACGACAAGUCAGUACCGUCAGUUUAACCGAUUCCCUGCCAGGUCUCAUCACAAGUGCUGCAUGUGUUCAGCCCUUAUUGAACGAUGAGUGUCAAAAGCUGCCUGGCGUUGCUGAGCAUGCCUGUCAUCCAAUUAUUGCGCUCGGGGAUGCGAGUGGCCAAGUGUGGCUUUACAAUGUGCACACCAAGUGCCAGCUGAGGAAAGGAGCCUUGUACAAACGUCUCGUCUGCGCGGCCUCUUACGUGACGCAAGUCAAGCCAGAAGUGCAAGAAGCUUGGCGUAGCGGCAAGACUAUUGAAGAUGUCCAAAACAUGUUCCAGCCGGGGACCAUGGUUUUCCUGGAAGGCUUGCCAUCUGUUGAGUAUCGUGAAGCGGCUGUCAACAAGAGGGCUCAGGGCUCGGAUGAUGAAGUCGACGAGCAACAAGAAACAGGCAAAGCAGCAGCUGGCAAGAAGGGCAAAGCUCCACGAACUGCUGAAGAUGAUUCAGAGCAAGAUUUCGAUGAGGAAGAGCCAAAGGCAAAGGGAAAACAAAAAGCAAAGAGCAAAUCCAAGCAAUCUCAGGUUCGGCGUGAACAUGCCCGUAGCGUGUAUCACGACGAGGUCAUGGUUCGGGCACUUGCGUGGAACCCGAAUUUGACAAUCGCUGACCAGGGCGGAUCUCCGAGUAAUGCAUGGGCAGGCGUCUUAGCCACGGCGUACAAGACAUUUGUGCGAAUUGAGGAUGUCGGCGUGAAUUGAAAAGUCGAGACAUAAGAGCAUCUAUACAAGAGAACAAUCACAAGUGC